CAGUCGGUGCGAGUCUCCCUGCUGGCUCAAAACUUUGUGAGAAGACAAAAGCAGGAUCUCUCCAGUCGUAACGUUUAUCUCCCCGAGCGCCGCAGCUCUAUACCGAACAGAGAACUUGAAGAGCCAAAAGGAGAGCAGAGGAGAGUAUAGAGGAAGAGGAGUGGGUGUCUUUGUAAAAAUAAAAAAAGUGUUUGUUUUGGACACAGAGGCUUGGAAGUGAAGGGUUCUGAGGAGGGUUCUCUCGGUCCUUGUGCUGGGUUUUGACUUUCAGCAGCUGCUGCCUCUCAGGUGUGAGCUGUCGGCUGGACUUGGACCGCUGUAGACAGAAUCGAGGUGAAACAUGAGGUCACGGAGUAGCGCCAUGGAGAUCCCCGACAAGGGUCAUCAACUCGAGAUCGCACAGCCGGUUCGGAAAGCCUUCCAGAAAGAUGAGGACGGCGGGAAAGGAAACGCGCCGGAACCCACAAAGAGAAACGUGAACGAGAGCAAAGAGGACAGAGCCGUCCCCGCGACGGCCAAACGACCACAGAAAGGCGCCGAGAGGGGCAGCAGCGGUGUUGGUAGGAGGAAGGUUGCGCUGGUCGACCUCUCUAAGGAGGACCUGGUCCGACUACUGGGAGUGAUGGAGGGCGAGGUGCAGGCGAGGGAGGACAUCAUCCAGAUGAUGAAGUCCGAGCGGACGCGGCCGGAGGUGCUGGAGGCCCACUACGGCUCGGCCGCACCCAUAAAACCUCUACAGGCGCUCCAGAGGGACGCCCUGAUGACCAACAGCAAGACCCCCACAGACGACGUCUACGAGAUGCCCAUGGCUGAGCUGGACCGGCUAGAGGGCAAGCAGAGGGACACGUACCGCCGCAUGCUGGAGCAGCUGCUGCUGGCGGAGAAGUGCCACCGACGGACGGUCAACGACCUGGACAGUGAGAAGCGCAAGCACACCGACUUCAUCAACAAGAGCGACGACUUCACCAACCUCCUGGAGCAGGAGAGGGAGAGACUGAAGAAGCUUCUGGAACAGGAGAAAGCCUACCAGGUUCGAAAAGAAAAGGAACAUAUCAAGCGCCUUGAGAAAGUCCGGCAGGAGCUGGUGAAGCUGAAGUCCUUUGCCCUCAUGCUCGUUGACGAGAGGCAGCUCCACAUUGAGCAGAUUGACCUACAAAGCCACAGGGUCCAGGACCUGACCAAGACGCUGCAGGAGAGGGACCAGCAGCUGGGCACGGUCAGCAGCCAGUCCAAGGAGGACCAGCAGAAGGUCCUGAGGCUCGAGGCAGAGCUGGAGCACAAAACCACUAAGGUCACCCAGGAGCAUGAGGAGAUGACGUCCAAGCUGAACAGCCAGGAGUCGGAGAGCCGGCAGCUACGCCUGAAGCUGGCCACCCUGACGCGCCGCAUCGAGGAGCUGGAGGAGAGCAAUGCCGCGCUGCAGAAGUCCGAGGCUGACCUCCAGGAGCUGCGGGAGAAAAUCAGCCGCGGGGAAUGUGGCAACUCGAGCCUCAUGGCCGAACUGGAGAACCUCCGCAAGAAGGUCCUGGAGAUGGAAGGUAAGGAUGAGGAGAUCACCAAGACGGAGAUGCAGUGCAAGGAGCUGAAGAAGAAGCUUCAGGACGAAGAGAGCUACAGCAAGGAGCUCAGACUGGAGGUGGAGAAGCUGCAGAAGAGGAUGGUGGAGCUGGAGAGACUGGAGGUGGCUUUUAACAAGAGCAAAGCAGACUGUGCACAGCUCCACACCAGUCUAGAGCGGGAGAAAAACUUGGCUAAAGACUUAGCCAGUGAGCUGGAGACGGUGAAAAGUCGCGUGAAAGAACUUGAGAACUCAGAGUCUAAGUUUGAAAAGGCUGAGGUGAGUUUGAAAGAAGACCUGUCAAAGCUGAAGUCAUUUACAGUGAUACUUGUCGAUGAGCGGAAAAACAUGUCUGAAAGAAUCAAACAAGAGGAGCAGAAAAGCGAAGAUUUAAGUAAAAUGUUUAAGACUGAACAAAGCAAAGUCAUGGAGGUCACAGAAAAGCUGAUUGAAGAGAGCAAAAAGCUUCUGAAGUUAAAAUCAGAGAUGGAGUUUAAAGUGAGCAUGCUCACCAAAGAGAAGGAGGAUGUGCAGACUAAGCUUGCGAGUGAAGAGGAAAAGUGCAAGGAUCUUGCCUCUAAAGUGAAUCAGAUGAAGAAAAGAAUGAGUGGGAUUGAGGAGGCCGGCAGAGAAUCUUCCAGAAGCAUGAACAGUGUAGACAAACUUAGAAUCUCAGACGAGGACAACAAAGUCAAAGAGUUGACUUUGGAGAUUGAACGGUUAAAAAAACGCCUGAAACAACUUGAGGUGGUGGAAGGGGAUCUGAUGAAGACUGAGGAUGAGUAUGAACUGCUCGAGAAGAAGUUCAGGACCGAACAGGACAAGGCCAACGCUCUCUCUCAGCAGCUGGACGAGAUGAGAAGCCAAAUCGCCCGCAAUAAGGCCAUAGAGAAGGGAGAAGCGGUCAGUCAAGAGUCUGAGCUGAGGGUGCGGUGCAAGAUGGAGGAGGCUAAGACCCGGGACCUGCAAGCAGACGUCCAGGCCUUGAAGGAGAAGAUCCACGAACUCAUGAACAAAGAGGACCAGCUCUCCCAGCUGCAGGUGGACUAUGCCAUCCUCCAGCAGAGGCUGAUGGAGGAGGAGGACAGGAAGAGGAGCAUGAGCGAAGAGGUGAUGAACCUCACCAAGGAGCUGGAGGUCACCAAGUGCUAUAGCCGCGUCACGCGGCCCAGCAUGAACGGCAAGAGAAUCGUGGACGUCCCGGUGACCUCCACCGCGGUGCAGACGGACGUGGCUGCAGGAGGGCUGGUGGAGGAGGAGACCCCUGCUGUGUUCAUCAGGAAGUCCGUGCUGGAGGAGAACCACAUCAUGAGUAACCUGAGGCAGAGGGGUCUCAAGAAGCCCACUGUCCUCGAGCGCUACCCUCCCGCAGCAGCCGAGCUCAACAUGAGGAAAUCUUGGAUUCCCUGGAUGAAUAAGAAGAAGGAGCCCAUCACGGUCACCCAGACGACCCCAGAGAGGACUGUGCCCCAGGUCAAUGGCGAGACCACACCUGAGCCAAUCACCAUGUCCCAAAAGCCUGGGCAGCCUCUGCAUAUACGCGUCACGCCCAAUCACCAAAACAGCACGGCCACGCUGGAGAUCACCAGCCCCCGAGCCGAAGACUUCUUCUCCAGCACCACCAUCAUCCCGACGUUGGGCCUCCAGAAACCUCGCAUCACCAUUGUGCCCAAGCCAACCACCGUCAUGCCAAAAAUGAAGACUGGAGAGGGAGCUUGUGGACCAGAACGAGCCAAGUCCCCAGUCACCAUCACCACCAUCUCCAGAGCCAAGGGCCCCGAGGCCGCAAAGAGCACCGAUUCAAACAAGCCCCUCUCUCCUGUGUCCAUCAUCACAGUUAGCACUUCUCCGAUUGCCGAGGCCAUGGGGUUGGCGUCACAGGAGCCUCGAGAUGUGACAGGCGGUCGGACAGUUUUCAAGGUGGGAGCCGACAAACAGUCAGCUCCUUCAACGAUCAGAAAGUGCAGUUCCAACACAAACAUCAUCACCACAGAAGACAACAAAAUCCACAUUCACUUGGGGCCACAGUUCAAGAGACCCCAGGAUAGCGGCAGCAGUGGCAACAGUGGUGGCAGUGUCAGUAGUCCCAUGAUGACCAUUCGGCCCCUCAGCAUGGCUGCAGAGUGCAAGGAGGCUGCAAUGGGCACCGUUCUGAGAUCGCCACGUCAAAACGCCACCGCCGCCACCACAUCUGGGAAGGCCACGGCUAGCAAGGUCACGAGCAGCAUUACCAUCACCCCCGUAACCUCCUCUCCUGCCAGACCAACGCAGUCGGUGGUGAGUGACACAAAACUGCCCUUAAAUAUUACCAUCAGCCCCGUAACCUCCGCUCCUGCCAGACCAACACAGUCGGUGUCCGGGGCGGAUGGACAGUCAGCGCGGUCCUCAGCCACACGAAUCCCUAUGUCAAAAGGUAUGAAAACAGGAGGGAAGACAGUCAUGGGCGUCUCCACAGUCACAAGGCUGGAGUCGCGGGCUGAGAGUCAGUCAAUGAAAAUUGAACUGAGGAAGUCUGCCGUUUGCAGCUCUGUCACCACAGGGGGUGGGAAGGCCUGAAAGUGCCUCAUGCAUGGCUGCUAUGGAAACUAAAUAGGGUCUUUAUUUUCCAUGCACCUUGGCCUUAACCUUGACCUUUAUCAGAGUGAUAAUAUGACACACGCUGAAUUUGGCCGAGGAAAAACUGAAAUUCACUGUCUUCACAAUUUUGCUGAUGCUCAACCACGUGAAUGUUUUGUUGUUGUUGUUGUUGUUAUUUUUUUUAUUAUUAUUUUUUAAUUCUCAAAGAAUCACUUCAUAAACUGUUGUACAGCACGGGGGUCAACUGUGUGUGGAGGGACAUGUUCCUGCAUGUUUUGACUUGCUUUGAUGCAAAGCUUUCAUGUCUUUUUUUUUGUGGGGAGGUAAAAAUCACUUCACUACUAAUGCCAUUGGCUGGACUUUGUCAUGUGAUUCACUGGACAUUAUUGAAAUUCAUACCAUUCAUAUUCAUCUCAUUUUGUUUAUGUCCAACCCUAUGGAGGUUUUCACAGAAAGAGAACAAUUGUGACUCAAUGUAGAGCAUCAAUCUGAAUGAACUGAUUAGUGACCAAUAACAGUCCAGUUUGUUUUUGUAUUAUUAUUCAUGUGAAUAUGCUGUACUUAACACAUGCAGAAAAGGGACAGUGGAAGCCUCCAUAAGACUGCUGAAUUUCAUAUCUCAUAUGGCUGGAAUAAAUCUAAUCUGUAUGAUUGCAACAGCAUGUUCAACAACUACAUGAUGUAAUAAACAUUUUUUUGUCUGU